UGGUUCACCGCGACGUUUGUUUGAAUAACACAGGUAUCCCAACAAUCCCCUGUCACUCCGAUCACAUGAUGCUCUCGUGUCGAUGAAUUAGCUCGUGAUUUGACACACAUCGACACAAAUCCCGUGGAACUGUUGAAGAUGGAGAAGUUAGUAGUGUCGAUCAUCCUUCUUCUUGCAUUUUCAACGUGCUUAACGUCGGCCUUCAAGAUUUCCAGUCAGUCUUGCGAAAAUGGGCCAUUUCCACCAUCGGACAGUCCACAAGUUCCUACAGAAGUUAUCAAUUUGGACGUGAGUCCUGGAGACAGAUAUAAUGACUUGGCAGCCAAGAAGGACAAACAAUUACAUGCGUUACUGGACUAUAUCAAGAAUUUUACUAGUUUUAUUUUGAAUGGUAAACUCUUUGGUAUCAUUGACAAGGAUUUGGCACCGCUUGUUUACACUCUUCCAUCUCCAUACAAAGAAGAAAUAAUUGGUCUGAGUAAAGCUUCAGGGAUCCCUAUAGGUGAAGUGUUGCUCUACAAUAUUUUCUAUGAGAUUUUCACAGUGUGUACUUCUAUUGUUGCCCAAGACAAGCAAGGGAAACUGUAUCAUGCCAGAAAUCUAGAUUUUGGAUUAUUUCUAGGAUGGGAUAAUAAAACAGAUACAUGGUCACUGAGUGAAGUUCUUCGUCCUUUAGUAGUCCAGUUAGAUUAUAGGAGAGGUGGAAAGACUUUGUAUAAGACUGUAACCUUUGCUGGAUAUGUUGGAGUAAUAACAGGUUUGAAACCAGGUGUUCUUACCUUGACUCUUAAUGAAAGAUUCAACAUCAAUGGUGGUUAUAUUGGUAUGAUAGAAUGGAUUCUUGGCAAGAGAAGUGCAAAGUGGACAAGUUUUAUCACCCGAGAUGUCUUGGAGCAGGCCAGCAGCUAUGCAGAAGCCCAUGACAUGCUGGCAAAUACUGAAGUAUUGGCACCAGUGUAUUAUAUUCUGGGUGGUAACCAGUCUGGUCAGGGUGUGGUGUUAACUCGCGAUCGAACUAAGAACCUGAAGGAGAACAGUCUUGACCCUAAGAAUGGCAAAUGGUUUGUACUUGAAACCAACUAUGAUUUUUGGGAACCACCUUUGGUGUUUGACGACAGAAGGACUCCGGGAACGUAUUGCAUGCAACACGGUGGACAAAAUGCAUUGUCGAUGAAGAGCCUCUACAACGUGCUUUCAACACAGCCAGUGUUAAAUAAGCUGACAACGUAUACUGUUGUGAUGCAGGCCAAUUCUGGGGAAAUGAUGACGUACAUCAGGAAUUGUCCCGACCCUUGCUUUCCUUGGUAGAAGAAUACAUCAAAUAUUACUAUCUGAACUGAAUGAAAAAAUAAGUAAAUUUAAAUUCGAAAAUUAUGAAAAAGAUAAAGCAUGAAGUAGUAAUCUUUCAAAAGCAGCAACAACGAUAAUUAUUGCCUAAAUUGAAGCCUUUUUCUGCACUACCAUUGCCUGACCUACGGUUGAAUUAUAUGGUAGAUGUUUUCUAGCUACUAAUGGCUAAAACAUGUUGCAGUAAAAAAUUUUGCUGCUCAUUAUUUAUUUUUCCUCUUGGUAAAUGUUCAUUACAGACAUUGUUGCAGCUAAUUUCCACCGUUUCUCAUCAGUACUUUUAUGUUUUUUUUCUACCGAUGGUUUUGUUACAAGAAAUGUCAAUAUUUUAUAAUUCCAACUCCUACUCAAGGUUUUUUCACAUUAAUCAUGAAUAUCAAAUGAUAUAGUAUUUGUAAACGUGUAUAUGAAGGCACUACAAUUUGAUAAGAAAUAAAAAUACGAGAAGGUAAA